CCCGGAUGUAAAAUAACUACGUUGAAGACCGUAGUAAUUGUUUCUAUGCGUUUUUAGUCUUUAUUGAUAAUAUUUAGAAAAAUGGGAAAUGAAAAUUCAUUGCCGAUGGAGAUGUGUUCGCAUUUCGAUGCGGACGAGAUUAAGCGGCUAGGCAAGCGCUUCCGCAAGCUCGAUCUGGACAACUCGGGCUCACUGAGCGUCGAAGAGUUCAUGUCGCUACCGGAGCUUCAGCAGAACCCACUCGUGCAGCGCGUCAUAGACAUAUUUGACACGGAUGGCAACGGAGAAGUCGACUUCAAAGAAUUUAUAGAAGGAGUGUCCCAGUUCAGUGUCAAAGGAGAUAAGGAAUCAAAACUCAGGUUGGCCUUUAGGAUUUAUGACAUGGAUAAAGAUGGAUACAUCUCAAAUGGAGAACUGUUUCAGGUGUUAAAGAUGAUGGUUGGGUCAAACCUAAAGGAUACUCAGCUUCAACAGAUCGUUGACAAAACGAUCAUUUAUGCAGAUAAGGAUAAUGAUGGGAAAAUCUCUUUUGAGGAAUUCUGCAACGUUGUUGGCAACACAGAUGUUCAUAAAAAGAUGGUAGUGGAUGUGUAACUUCCAUCAAACCUCCAGCCGCUGUAUUCGAAGGAGCCAGGCCCACUUCUACACAGUUCAAAUGCAAUUAAGCCUGUUCUCUACACCUGUAGAGUUUUCCAACCCUAAAUGUGUCGUGUUUGCUCACCAGGUGUCGCCAUGUCUAUUGUCGUGCGCUGGAGAGGACGUUUUGUUAUGUUUUGCAGUUGCAUUUGAAAAGGCGUUUAGUUAUCGAAAAUCGACCAUUAACGAGUUGAGUUUCGUGUAUAGUUUAUCGAAUGAUGCGAUGAGCAUAUUUCAACUGUAUUUAUAUUAUGCUGUCUUGUCGAAUGGCAUCAAUUCUAGUCACUUGUUUAUACCUAGCAGGCAGUUUAUGUGAUGUUGCAGAUUAUGUGUUACUUGGAAGGCUAUCGCUCUCUCCAGUACAUGUUAUGAUUUGUGGGUGAUUUAUGAACGACCUUCAUCUUACAUCAGAAUGCCAAAGAAAUUCACGGCUUGUGAAAAUGUAUUGUACACUUGGUGGAAUAUUACAGACGUCGGCAAGGAACAUCUUAAAGCUCACACAAUUUGGCAAUUUAUUCUGUUCAUAAAAAGUGUUCACAUACGUAAUGUGUGUAUGUGUGUGUGUGUGUGCGUGCGUGCGGGUGUGUGGCACGUGUGUGCACGGGCGUGUUGUGAGGGUGCAGUUGGAACAUGUAAUCAGAUUAGUUCUGAAUACACAUAGUAAUGUGUAACGGCAGCAUGAAACACCUUUUGCAGACAUUUUACCCGGGGAAAUGCUAUAUGCAUUUGAAAUGAUGUGGAUGUGUGGCGCAGUGCAUCUGUUUCCCUAUUUGUACAUAUUGUAUUGUUCGAUGUUUGCUUUUUUUGAAAAAAUUAUAUAUACACGAGUCUGUAUGUAUGGUAGAUUCAUCUGGGGUUUAUUGAUUCAUUAUCCAGUGCGUCCUUGCUGCUCUGGUUUGAAGCAUCCCUCAUAUUUUAGUUAGAAGUGAUAGUCAACCCCCUUACCUUGCUGGAGAGACAGAGAACAGAGAGAAAGGUUAAGCAUGUUUCUACAAUAUAGUAUAGAUGCGUGUCUGAUUAUAUGCAGAUAAAGCUAUUGAAAAAUCGCUGCCUGUGUCUCGUUCUUUCUCUCUUUUCUGGCCGUGUCGUUUGACAGGGUGUGCGUGUGGUGUGUUUUCUUCUGAGUGGGAUAUGACUAUAUAUAUAGUAUGUAUGUAUAUGUAUAGCUAUAUCAUGGGAUUGUUGCUUAUUGUGUGAUUCAUAUACAGAGACGUUUCAUAGCUGGUUCCAUUUCAAUUUAUUGUCAGCACUCAGUAGCCAGUUUUUCUCUAACAUCGUGUAUAGACAUUCUUUCUACAUACCAUCUCACCGUCUGUAUGAAUUGUCUACUUGCGUUGUCUGCGAACAGUCCGCGUUUAUGAAUUGCCCUGUUUCCGUUAUUGUUAGUAAAGGUCACCUAAGCUCUCUCUGCCCAGCUCCAUUUUCUUGGUGGCGGACAGUUGCAUGGUUGAAUACACUGACCCGUUGUCGUUUACCCCUCAUUCUGACUAAUGCAAUGAAUAUGAGCACAGAUAUAUAAUAGCCGGACAUUAAUGGCAGUCACGUUAUUGCACUUGCACAACUUUUUUAAAUAUAAUAACUUCGAUGUUUCUGUGCUCUGCGGGAAAGGUCCCAACCCGUAUAUUCUGAUUUUCCGCAACGUAACGUUUACUUAACUAUCCAUGUCUUGUGUCAUUCUCUGUGGCGCUUGUAAACCCCCGUGCUACCGUUAUACGUACAGUUUGUUAGAGAAAGGCAUAAUCCCAGCAAGAGCCAGAGAUCGGACGGUUGACCGUCGGUCCCCUGCCCGAUCAGCCUUCGGCAGGAUGGCAAAACUGCAGCGGGGAAUAUCAGUGGCGUCCUCGGGGGGCGACAGUUAAGGCAUGACUAGUACCUCUGCGGUUUAAGGUGUAGAAUAGCCACGCUCCGCAAUGUGGUGACACAGCAGGACCGCCCUCUCCCUCACCGCCGGGGAGCCUAUAGACCGGGCAAAUCUCUUUACAGUCUGUACAUAUUCGUGUGAAUUUUUGUGUAUAUUUUGUGCAUGCCCUCUGAGAUGUGGUAUUUGGCCGUGUUGCGUGCAGGUGUGUGAGGAACCGGGGUUGUGGCUGGCCGCGUCAUGAACUCCAUCGUUCGGCAGUCAGGCCAGGUCGGGCGCCAUCGUAGUGACAGUUGCUUGCGGUAGGGGUGGUCAAUUCACUCACGCCAAUUUUCACUUCAUUUCAAUUAUUGUAAUCUUCAUGGAAGUGAACCGGCGGCCUAUUCUUCGCUUCAUUCAUCUAUCGUGCAUCGAAUUUAGAUACAAACCAGUCAGAAGUUCGUAGCAUAACAGAUAGGUUGGCACAUCUUUACGAACACUGCGAAGGCAACUCGGAGAGCAUAUUAAUUCGGUUUGUUAGUAUAUUCUGUGUUCUGGAAUAAUACGUUGCCGAUGUUGUCUGCGUAUUUCUGCUCAUCUGUUCAUCAACGAUAAGGGUCGAUUAGUACUUGAGCAUGUGCUUUGCAAUAGGACCUCCGCAAUCGCCACCUAUACUUGUAUAGUCGCGUCGCAGUUGUGCCUCCACACCUCGCCUGCCCGGCUCCAAAUACGCAUCUUCAGUUUUCUCCUCUUUGGCCGUUGUGCCUAUGUGGGUUCGUAUUUUCUACGUAAUAGCUGUGUGUGCGCGCGCGUGCGUGCGUGCGCGCACGUGUGUGUGAGAGCAAUACCAGAAUAGUGCCACACGUAUCUGUGUGCGGUUUUGGGCGUGUUAAAUAGCUAGCUAGCUGUUCACUGAUGAACAGCCAAUUCUUCGUAGAACGUGGACGCGGGAUCUUGUGGCUAUUCUAGUGCUAUAGCCGUAGGGAAAAAUUCAAGCUUUUUCGGCGUGUUUUUUUUUACAGAUUUGAACGUAUUGCCCGUUACCGGUAACUAUUACCGAUCUUAGAUUCAUGUAUUAAGCCACCGUUGCACAUUUUAAUGAAACCUAACGAUAUUUUCCUGGUAACAGUAUCACUUUCGAGGCGUUGCUUUUGAAAUUGCGAUUAAAUCGGAAGAAACAUACUAGACUGCUGCGCUCUGCUACUUCUGAUUAAAUCGUUAGGAUUCGCUUAUUUACUUAUUUACUUCCGUCUGAUGUUUCAAAAUUAUAUCAGGAGUUAAUAGUCACAAAUUGUGUAAAUAAUCACAAUUUGUGAUUGUUUACUCCUGAUUAUAUUAGGACGCGAUCUGUUGCGGGAAGAAUGGUUCUACUUCUUGCUAGGGUUUGUUAUCGGAAUGUUGAAAGCGAUGUAAUGGCUUCAGAUUGCCCCGUAAAGAUUAACGGGAAUUGGCGUUUAUAUAUUCGGUCAGCUAUCGUUACACUCUAUUCGAUCGAUGGCGUGGCGUAUAUCAUGUUAUUGAAUUCGUGUUAACUCAAACUUUUUAACAGCAGGCCAAGAGUAGCCAGUCGUACAGUGCUGCCCCAACAGGCGGCUAUAUACGGUCAUGCAUCGGCUGUCUACGCAUGUUUACGUGUUCUGCUUGGAUAUAUGCACGUCGUUGAAAAGAGAGCGUAGCGACUUUGUACCGGAAAUAUAUAUCUGUUAGAUUUACACUAUUUACCUCCGUUUCUAACCUACUAGAGGCGAUAUAUGGAGACAAUUUAGCUAUCAUAGCGAGGUCAACACCCUGUGCCAUGCAGCGUGUUUAUUGUCCAGAACUCGGGUUGUUGUCUAUAUGUUGAGUGGCUUGCUGUGCAGGGUAACGUUAUAUUCAUGGAAUUAGGCUUUAGCGUUGGCAACAUAAGAACAACAUGUUAUAACCGCGCAGGGUUGUGUGGCCGCUUAUGAUGUCUUCUUCCAUUUUUCUCCGUUUCAUUAAAUUUUUGAACCCACCAAAA